AGGAACUAACAAGGUAACAGAAAAUUGGUGAGAAAGAAACAAUCAGUCCAAACACGCGAUCGGAACCGGUCACCAAUGCACCACGCCACGCAAAAUCAAUGGGUCACAUGCAUCGUAAUGGACAUUAAUUAAGGCCAAAGCCAUUCUUGCCUUCGGCACGUCACCGAUUUCAUAAACGGGGCACGGCGCCAGCUGCUUUAAUAAGGUUGGCAGCGGGCCAGCGCGGCGGGCGAUGCCGUCGGGGCCCUGAGGAGCGUCGUUCGAUGGGCCGCCGCCGCCUGCUCUGCGCCUGGCUCCUGCUGGCGGGCCAGCUGGCGGCCUGGCCCCAGGCCGUCCAGCCCUCCUCGACCACCAGCGCCUCCGCGCCGCACCACCCGCGCUGGUCCGACGCCGUGCUCAGCCUGGUGCGCCGAGGCCGGAACGUGUCGGCCGCUCUGCAGCUCGUGCACGAGUCACAGCACUGGACCGCGUGCAGCCGCGUCUCACUCGCGCCGCUGGGCGUGCGGCCCAACGCGCGCGCCACCACCUCGCCGCUCCUGGAGCGCCAGGCGCAGGUGGCCGUGCGCACGGCCAACCUGCUGACCUCGCUCUCGCGCGGCUGCAGAACGACACCGAGCUGGUGUACGGCGAGGACCUCUACUACACGCUGGCGCGCAUGA